UAUAUCUAGCAGGGUUACAAGGAUAGCCACUGCUUUUCCUCUUCCCCACUCUCUCUCUCUCUCUACUUUUCUCUGGUUUUAUUUCAAAUUUGCCUGCUUGUUUGUUCCUUGGCAAUUCCCUUUAAAAUCAAGGGAAAGCGGGUCAGUGGGUUUGUUGUAUUUUCAACGAAAAAGAAGCAGGGUUUGGUUGAUGGGUAUGGUUGCUGAUAGGCAAAAUAAUGGGGGGAAUGGUGCAGGAAAGUGUUCAUGGGGUUUUGGAAGUUUGAUUAGGAGAAAGCAGGUUGAUUCUGCUCAUGUACGGAGAGAAGGUCAUACUCAAUUGGCCAGGAAAUUGUCUGCUGUUGACCUCAUUGCCAUUGGAGCUGGUGCAACCAUAGGAGCAGGAGUGUAUAUUCUUGUUGGAACUGUUGCCAGAGAGCACACAGGACCUGCUCUUACUAUUUCGUUUCUGAUUGCUGGACUAGCUGCUGGACUCUCAGCAUUUUGUUAUGCGGAGCUUGCAUGUCGUUGUCCAUCUGCUGGGAGUGCCUAUCAUUAUACAUACAUAUGUGUUGGAGAAGGGUUUGCUUGGUUGGUUGGUUGGUCUCUGAUUCUGGAAUACACAAUUGGUGGUGCAGCUGUUGCUCGUGGCAUAACCCCAAAUCUGGCCUUGUUUUUUGGAGGUGAGGACAAAUUGCCCACUUUCAUGGCCCGUCACACCAUACCUGGGCUUGGUAUUGUGGUUGAUCCAUGUGCAGCAGUAUUAGUUCUUCUUGUCACUGCACUCUUAUGUAUUGGAAUCAAGGAGAGUUCAUUGGCACAAACCAUUGUUACUACAGUAAACAUUGGUGCAUUGCUUUUCAUCAUAAUAGCUGGUGGAUAUUUAGGUUUCAAAACUGGAUGGGUUGGAUAUGAACUUUCCACCGGGUACUUUACAUUUGGAGUCAACGGUAUAUUCAGUGGGUCUGCAAUAGUCUUCUUUUCAUACAUUGGUUUUGAUUCAGUUACCAGCACAGCUGAGGAGGUGAAGAAUCCUCAACGGGAUUUGCCCCUUGGGAUAGCAUUGGCAUUGUCUCUAUGUUGUAUUUUGUAUAUGCUUGUAUCUGCUGUCAUUGUUGGUUUAGUACCAUAUUAUGCCUUGGAUCCAGACACCCCUAUCUCCUCAGCAUUUGCUAGCUAUGGGGUGCAAUGGGCAGUGUACAUAAUAACAACUGGGGCAGUCACUGCUCUCUUUGCAAGUUUGUUGGGUUCAAUUCUUCCUCAGCCGCGAAUUCUGAUGGCAAUGGCUAGAGAUGGAUUGUUGCCUUCAUUUUUUUCAGACAUUAGUGAACGCACCCAGGUUCCUGUGAAGAGCACCCUUGCAACUGGUAUCUUUGCAGCGGCUCUGGCAUUCUUUAUGGACGUUUCACAAUUGGCAGGGAUGGUCAGUGUGGGUACAUUGCUUGCAUUUACCACUGCUGCAGUUUCAGUUUUGAUACUCAGAUAUGUUCCACCAGAUGAGGUUCCACUUCCAUCAUCACUUCACGAGUCCAUUGACUCAAUGUCAUCACGGCUCAGUGGUGAUAUUAAGGAAGUCAAUUGUGAUAAUGUUAAAGAUCCUGCUGGCUCUUGUCAUAGUAAUAACUUACAUGACAAAGGGGAUGCUUUACUUGGAUACCCUCUAAUUGAGAACAAAGUAGCUCAAGGUGAGCAGAAGCAACAAAUGAGGCGCAAAAUUGCUGCUUGGGCGAUAACUCUUUUAUGUGUAGGCAUCCUUAUCCUCGCUUCUGCAGCUUCAGCUGAAUACCUUCCCAGUAUUCUUAGCUUCACAUUGUGUGGAGCUGGUGGAGUUGUUCUGUUGUGCAGUUUGCUUGUGCUCGCUUUUAUAGACGAAGAUGAUGCUAGACACAGCUUUGGGUAUACAGGAGGUUUUGCUUGCCCAUUUGUUCCGUUCCUACCAGCUGCCUGCAUUCUUAUAAACACAUAUUUACUAAUUGACCUUGGUGCUGCCACGUGGAUCCGAGUUUCAGUAUGGUUGCUGAUGGGGGCACUGGUAUAUAUAUUCUAUGGCCGGACCCACAGUUCUCUGUUGAAGGCAAUCUAUGUCCCCUCAGCUUAUGCUAAUGAGAUCUACCGUACCUCAGCAGUUAAUGUGGCAUAGUCUUUGUUACCACAAUCACCCUUUUCUCCCAAGAAGCAUACUUGGAAUGUAAAAGUUCUUGUUAGUUAACAUGGCUGAAUGAACCAAAAUUCAAUCUCCCAUUUGUAUAGUUAUAUUCUUGGGUUGGCAACAUGUAAAUGGCUUAAAGCACAGAGUAAUAAUUCAAUACAAAUAAAAAAAAAGUCUUUUUUUUU